CUCAUGAAAAUCGGAAGAAUCCCAUAAAACAAAACUAACUGAGCAAAAAAAAUCAGCAAGCACAAAAACACAUACCGUACUUCGWAAUUAAUAUCGUUGCACAACGACGAAUGGGAUCUACUUGCAGCAAAAUCAACACAGCGACAACCAAUCAACAACCAAAAAUUAUCACCAGCGAGAAUAACAAAAACAUGGCCCCAAUAGCAUCCACUCUGGCACUCGGCGCAGGGUGAGUAAAUCCGAAUCGWCCUGUCGAAGUCGAUUAAAGUCAAUUCGUCCAUGCUGYGCUCUCUUUUCUUUAACGACAACAUCCGUCCACCUUGUUUGACGUUGUGCGAAGCUCACYGCGACUUUGUUUUGCAUCUUUUCCUUUGCAUCGUCGCCAACUAUCAUUCUUUCUUUCGAACACAGCUGUUACUGGGGAACGGAGAAAUACAUUGUCAAGGACUUUCAAAAGAGACACCCGGGCUGCAUCGCCAAUGCCUCGGUUGGGUUUAUGAAUCCCAACCCAAAAGGGAWGAAAAACCCCACSUACCGACAGGUUUGCUCCGGCUCCACGGGCCAYGUGGAGGUCCUGAACAUCGAAUUGUCCGAAAGCGCCUCGGCAACACCGGAGAUCUUUGAGGAACUGAUGAAAUUCUUUUACAUGUUUCACGAUCCAACCACGCUGAACCAGCAGGGGAACGACCGUGGGACGCAGUACGGGAGCGUCGUCUUUGUCUCCUCCGAGGACCAGAAGGAAAUUGCAGAGCGAGUGAAGCGAGAACUCCAGUCGCACGUCGAUAACCGAACCAUCAAAACGUACCAACGCAAGAAGAUAGAAACGGCCAUUGUCGAUUAUACGACCUUUUACGAGGCGCAUGCCGAGCACCAAGAAUAUCUGGAAAAGAAUCCGUCGGGCUAUUGCAACCACAGGUAUCGUUUCAAAGAUUGGCCCAAGGCGGAAYUGUAAUUUGAAUUUCUGUGCAACCGUGCCAACAACCUCGUCGCAGAAAACAAUAGAAGAACAAASAAAGAAACAAACAAUCGACAACAUCCAACGCAUUAUGAGGCAUAUCGAGUAGGAUAUUUCAUAGUCCGAAGAAUGCAAUGGUCGGCARUCGUUUCUAGAGAAGGUCUCCCGGAAGGACUAAACUGUAGAUUGUGGAGCGCCCACCUGUCUUGCCCUGGCAUUCKAGUUUAAAAUAGAGAAAUGUUUCAAUG